AUCCGUCGGUCGUCCAGACGGGAAAACAGCGACAGCUCAGAGCGCCUGCAGCCUGCUAAUGAUACUGCCUGCUCAGAUAUGGAGAGCGACACCGCUGUGCGGAGAAUAAAAUCCUUAGGGACUCAGCGUUAUGUUGCUCAAGACAACGACGAACCUUACGCCCGGUGCGGGGAUAAUGGCUAUAACGGUGACCCGAAGAGGAAGCCCGAAGUGAGCCUGUACUUACUGCGGGAAGGGCUCGGAGCUACACUGGUUUCUGUGUUUAUUUUGGUGCUGUGGGGACUCGUUCAUUUGUCUUUGCAGCAGCUAGUCGUUGGAAAGCCGACCGGCGAGUUUAACGCAGUGAGGGCUAGACAGCACUUGGAGCAGAUCACCAGUGUUGGUCCUCGGCCAGUGGGCAGCCAGGAGAAUGAGGUCCUGACAGUGGGUUACUUGUUGGAGCAGAUAGAGACUAUUCGGGUCCAGACUGCAGCGGGCCCUCAUCAGCUCACAGUGGACGUGCAGCGUCCAACUGGCUCCUUCUCCAUUGACUUUCUUGGAGGUUUCACAAGCUUCUAUGACCAUGUCACCAACAUCGCUGUCAGACUGGAGCCCAAAGGUGGCAGCCAACAUCUCAUGCUCGCCAACUGCCACUUUGACACAGUGGCCAACAGCCCAGGUGCCAGUGAUGAUGCAGUGAGUUGUGCAGUGAUGCUGGAAGUCCUCAAUUCUCUGGCCAAUCAGUCCACUCCUCUUCAGCAUGGUGUAAUCUUCCUCUUUAAUGGAGCAGAGGAAAAUAUACUGCAGGCCAGUCAUGGUUUCAUUACCCAGCAUCCUUGGGCUAAGCAAGUUCGGGCUUUUAUUAACUUAGAGGCUGCAGGUGUUGGGGGCAAGGAAGUUGUUUUUCAGACAGGUCCAGAGAACCCGUGGCUGGUCCAGGCCUAUGUUAAUGCAGCAAAACACCCCUUUGCCUCUGUGGUCGGUCAGGAGGUCUUUCAAAGUGGCAUCAUUCCCUCUGACACCGAUUUCCGCAUUUAUAGGGACUUUGGUAACAUCCCAGGCAUUGAUCUGGCCUUUAUUGAAAAUGGUUUCAUCUACCACACAAAGUAUGACACUGCAGACAGGAUCCUGACAGACUCGAUACAGAGAGCUGGUGACAACAUUCUGGCUGUUCUGAAGUACCUGGUAAUGUCUGAGAAGUUGGCGGAUUCCUCAGAGUAUCGUCAUGGCAACAUGGUUUUUUUUGACCUGCUGGGGGUAGUUGUAGUGGCUUACCCAGCACGUGUAGGCACCAUCCUCAACUACAUGGUAGCUGCAGCCACCUUCCUCUAUCUAGCCAAGAAGGCAUCCCUGCCUGGCAACAGAGGAGGGCGUUAUGUUCGUGACCUGGCCUGCGCCACAGGUGUGGCGGUGCUGAGCUGGUUUGUCACUCUGCUGUCGGUGCUGAUCGUCGCGCUUCUUGUCACUCUCUUGGGUCGCUCUAUGUUUUGGUACACACAUUUCUACGCCGCCAUCUGCCUGUAUGGAGCUGCAGCCACUGGAAAGAUGAUCCUCAUCCACACACUGGCCAAGAACCUGUAUUAUGGGGGUGUGCGUCUGGUGGAGCUGGGUGAUCUGUAUUUUGAUGUGAGCUUGCUGUUGUGGUGCUGCAGCCUGGUGUGGCUGACCCAGCAGGGCCUGUGUUCAGCCUAUGUGCCCAUGUUAAUGGUGGCUUUCCCACUGGUAACCAGACUGCUGCUGUCUCAAGAAUUUAAACACAGAGGAGCAUCAGUAAAAUACAGUGUGCUGUACCUUUUGGGCCUGGCUUUGCCAUAUGUCCACUUCAUGUUCCUCAUCUGGGUGGUGUUUGAGAUUUUCACUCCCAUUAUGGGCCGCAGUGGAACAGAAAUACCCCCUGAGGUGGUUAUGGCCUCCUUAGUCACCCUAGCAACCAUCUUUCUAUCCUCUUUUUUUCUGCAUUUCAUCUACUUGGUGAGGAGCACCAAGUGGAUUCUGGCUGGUCUGGGCUCCAUCUUCCUCGUCACGUUUCUGCUGGUUUCCAGCGGUCUCCUCUUUCCUUAUUCAGGCAGUUCAGACAGCCCACGACCAAAGAGGGUCUUCCUUCAGCAUACAACACGGACCUUCCACAAUCUCCAGGGCCAGGUGGAGAGCAGAGACUCUGGUCUCUGGAUAAAUAGCUUUGACUUCACAGGCAUACAACACAUCAGUCCUCACAUCCCUGAGAUCAAUGACAGCAUCCGGACCCGCUGCCAGGAGGACCGGCCCUUCUGCGGCUACCCCUGGUUCCUGCCUGUCAAGUUCCUCAGCAGGAAGAAUUGGUACCUUCCUGCCUCAGAAGUGUCUCCAAGUUCUCCAUUGGAGUUCAGCAUGCUGUCCAGAGAGGAGACAAGCUGGGGAACUGUAAAGAUGACGUUUAGGGUCAAAGGACCCACCCACAUGUCUCUGUAUCUGAUGCCUCACCGAGGGGCCAGUCUCUCCUCUUGGUCCUUCGGUGAUGGGACGCCUCAGUUUGACCUGAGUGGGGAAUAUUUUGUGUUCUAUUCCCAUGGCCUUAAUGCCCCAACAUGGACCUUCUGGUUUGAAAUACAGCCCCCCAGUGAACCGGACCCAGCAGGUCCUGAGGGAAUGAUCUCAGUCGGCAUAUCCUCCCACUAUUUCUUUGGGGAAGACCGGAGGACUGCUCAGCUGGAGGAAAUCCUCCGUAAGUUUCCCUUGUGGGCUUUUCCCUCUUCCUGGGUCAGUACUUAUGACAUGUACCGAUACUGAGGACAUCACAGAAGCUGAUGCAGAGGAGAGCCGGGGGCCACGUGGGCUCUGAGACAUUUCAAAGAACAAUACUGAGUACCGGCCCAGCUGCCUUUUCACUCUGGCACAAACACACACUGCAACACACACACAUGCACUCACGCUGCAUCCCAGCCUGCCUGAGAGACCUCCACCACUGUGUCAGUAGGCUUAGCAGCAAACCGAGCAGUCAGCCUACAGAUGGAUGCCACAAGCCUGGUGCUCACUUCUGGGUUAGUGAAACAAAGGAGUUUAAGUUUUUAAUUUUCUUUUUUUUUCUUCUACUUGAUCAGUUGUGCCUUUCUUCAGUGUGUGUCACUCCUUUCCCCACUUUCCAUCUCAUUAACUUUCUCCCAUUUUCUUUCUCUCAUGCUGGCACUCUUCCUGAACUUUUCUGGUCCUUUUUCAUUUACUUGUUAUUUUUGAGCAAAAGCGAUGUGAUGAGGUAACUGUGAAAAUGCUCAUCAAUAAUUCUUCACGAAGAGCACUAAUUUGCAGUAAAUCACAUCCAUGUGGUUUCAUGAGGAGUGUCAGCAUCUGCAUGCAGAUGCAGAAAAAAAAUGUGCUUGAGAAAAAAACAGCAAACAUCAAAUUUUUUUCCCACCUUGAUAUCUCAAAGAAUUUUGACUGUGUUUUAGGGAAACAUCAUUUCAAUUAUGUGGUUAGAAAAGACCAGAAAUUCACAAAGAAACAAGAGAGCUGUCAUUUAAAGUUAUUCCAGGUGGGAGACGAGUGAUGCAGUUCAGCAGUCAGACUGCACGAGUGUCUGUGACUUUGUUCUGUUUUGCACUGAAGGGAGGUUUAUCUGCAACUGUUCUUACUCUAAUGGAAGAUUCUUAAAAACUUGACUGUACCAUGAUGAGCCACCAGCAGCACCAGUGAAUAUCUUUUGCUUUAUGAACGAGAAAAAAAAGCUGCAAGCAUUAAACAAGUCUAAAGAAAAUUAACCAUUUUUUUUUUUAUUGUAAUUGAUCUUUUUUGUCCGUUUUUCAAGCAACAUCAGGCUUUGGUAGUCAAGAUGAAUAUGAUAUAAAAGAAUGUAUAAAUGCAUUUUUUUGCAAUUACUACCUUAAGAUCAAACUUUUUUUUACAACUGUAAACAAUUUAGCACUCAUGUAAUUGUCCAAUAAUGAAUGAAAAAGUUUAUAUUAUGUAUUUGAGUUCUUUUUGACAACUAACAAAUUACAUAGAAAUCCUCUUAUGUACAAUCAGGGUUUCCUUUUCUUUUAUUUGUGUAUUUUCAUUCUUGUACAGGGUGAAUCUGUGAGGUGAGAACAAUCCCAAAUAUUGGAGCCAAG